AUGGACCCAUCCUACCUCGCGACGCCGCCUGAACAGCGACUCAAAUCCCUCAGCUUGCCCUCGUCUGUAACGGCCGUCAAUUCGACCUCCAGUGCCGCGAGUUCCAGUUCCUCCUCACGCGCGAUCACCUCCACACGCUGCGCCGCUGAAGAGUCCUCACUGAGCAAACCCUCCUCUCCCUUGUCUCUCCGAAAGACCUACAAGAGUCAACAGAAUCCGGCCCCUUACAACCGAUUCUACGGUCGCCUACGCCGAUCAAACAGGAGCAUCUGGCGCUGGAUCCUUGUUUUCCUUGCCUUCUUGCUUUCCACCCAGUUGUACCUCAGCAUCCGAUCCUCCCGCAACGAGCUCCUCUCUCUCUUACCCGAGGAAUGGGGCCGGGGAUCUCACCUGCUGGGCGCAAUAAAGACUAAAUACAGAGCUCGGAGAUGGCUGAAGGACAAUUCAUACCCGAACGACCUGCGGACGAAGAGUCCAAAGGCCGCGUUGAUCAGUCUUGUGAGGAACGAAGAGCUCGACGGGAUACUGCAGAGCAUGCGUCAAUUGGAGUUCCACUGGAACCGGCGGUAUCAGUAUCCGUGGAUCUUCUUUAACGAGAAGCCAUUUUCGGAAGAAUUCAAGGCCGCGACCUCGAAUGCAACAUCGGCGCGGACAGAGUAUCACCUCGUCCCUCAUGCGCACUGGGCCACGCCGUCGCAUAUCAACCAAACCCUCUACCACAACUCGCUCGACUACCUCUCCUUGACAUCGGUCGGCAAGGGUCACUUGCUCAGCUACCACGCCAUGAUCCGGUGGCAAUCGGGUCUCUUCUACCUGCACCCGGCUCUGGGCGGGUACGAAUACUACUGGCGCGUGGAGCCGGACGUGCAUUUCUUCUGCGACAUCCCGUACGACCCGUUCCGGUUCAUGAAGGCGACGGGGACGGUGUACGGCUUCAACAUGGCCAUCCUGGACGACGCGCGGAGCUUCGCCUCCCUGUGGUCCACGACCCGCGACUUCAUCACCGCGCACCCGGACCUGGUCCACCCGGCCGCCAGCCUCGACUGGCUCCUCGACCCGCAGACGGGCCUGUCGUACAACAACUGCCAAUUCUUCUCAAACUUCGAGAUCGGCUCGCUCGCCUUCUUCCGCGAGAACGAGGGCAACCGGAAGUACUUCGACUGGCUCGACGAGAAGGGCGGCUUCUACUACAGCCGCUGGGGCGACGCGCCCGUGCACACGCUCAGCGUGUCCAUGUUCCUCCCGCCAGAGAAGGUGUGGUGGUUCAGAGACAUCGGCUACCAGCACGACAUCGCGCGACACUGUCCGCCACAGGGGCGGCGGAGUGGGAGCGCAAGCCUCACCACCACCGGCACCGGCACCGGCGUACGCACCGGCAUCAGCGCCGCUGAGACUGCCAGCACCAGCACCACCAGGGAAGAAGAGUCCCAAUCCCGAUUCUGGCUCCCCGACGCGGACACCCGACAGUGCACAUGCGACCCGACGCCGCUGGACGAGAACUUCUACAAGCUCGUCCCCAUGGAGUCGCCGCAGCUCAAACCGGCCGACACGUGCAUCCGGCUGUGGCUGGGCGGGGACUGGCUGGGGAAGAAAGCCGGCUGGAGCCAGGAGACGGAGAGGAUGUUGGGUGGUGACGGAUACGGUGGGUACGUGCUGGAUGGCAUGUGAUGGAAUGAGCUGAAGGCGAAUCCCCCACGGGUGAAAGCUACCUGUACAUGGCUACUCUAGUCGCUCAAACCCAGGGAACCGGGGGAGACAAAUUGAUUUAGGACACUCGCAGUACCUGAGUAAGAAGCUGGAAGACGGAGAAAGUCAUGGCUGACGCAGAAAACAUGGCGGCCCGAUAUCUCUUGCAGCGAGCCUAAAAACAUAGAGCUCCACAAGAACGUCCUACAAGAAAGGGAAGACGCGGUUUCGAGACAUCAUCCAAGCGAACAUGCGCAUUGGGAGGUCGGGGAGAGAAAAAUCACGAGGCAUCAAACGAACCGGGGAUUACAAAUUCUGAAAACUACUUUUCAAUCAUUCGAUCAGUGCUUGU